AGGAUCACGCCCGUUCUAUCCUUCGACCAGCUAGACGUACCGUCCGAACUGCAGUCAGCAUUCAAAGGCUUCAAGGAGCCCACACCCAUUCAGGCAUGCUCAUGGCCUCCCGCACUGGAAGGUCGCGACGUAGUAGGGAUCGCGGAGACUGGCAGUGGUAAAACGCUAGCCUUCGGGCUGCCCGCUCUCGCGCGGCUUGAAUCGUCGCCCACACUGUCUAAGAAGGGUAAGGGUACGACAGUGUCGGUACUCGUCGUUGCGCCAACACGCGAGCUGGCCAUCCAGACGCACGAUACACUGUCCGCGCUUGGAGAACCGUUUGGCAUCGCGAGCGUGGCGGUGUUUGGCGGGGUGGACAAGGGCCCGCAGGUGAAGACGCUGAAGAACGCAAACAAGGAUGGUAAGACGACCCGGAUUGUCGUCGGCACGCCCGGGCGCAUUCUCGAUCUGGUGAAUGAGGGGGCAUGUGAUCUGAGCCAGGUGUCGUACCUAGUGCUGGAUGAGGCGGACCGAAUGCUUGACAAAGGUUUCGAGAACGACAUUCGGGCAAUCAUUGAGCACACAAAGCAGGGCGCGGAACGACAAACACUCAUGUUCAGUGCAACCUGGCCCGAGGGCGUCAGGCGGCUGGCAGCGUCGUUUCAACGUGAUCCCGUACGCGUGACAGUCGGCAGCGACGAUCUGACUGCGAAUAGCCGGGUCGAGCAAGUUGUCGAAGUGUUCGACGAAGAGCGGUCGAAAGACUCUCGGCUGCUCGGUCAUCUGCGUGCACUCGCACACAAGAAGUCCGGCUCGCCAGACGACGCGCGGAUCCUCGUGUUCGCGCUGUAUAAAAAGGAGGCCGCGCGCGUCGAGGUCAUGCUGCGCGGUAAAGGAUACACCGUGUGCGGACUGCACGGGGACAUGUCGCAGUCCGCCCGAAUGGACGCGCUGCAGAAGUUCAAAUCUGGGACGACGGGGCUGCUCGUCGCGACAGACGUGGCGGCGCGCGGCCUGGACAUCCCCAAUGUCGCUGCGGUGAUCAACUACACGUUCCCGCUGACGAUCGAAGACUACAUCCAUCGGAUUGGCCGGACAGGUCGUGGUGGGAAGAGUGGCAAGUCGAUCACGUUUUUCACGGGCAAUGAGCAUGAGCGGUCGCUGGCGGGAGAACUAGCACGGGUGUUGCGGGAGAGCGGAUUUGAAGCUGAAGGCCUGAAGAAGUUUCCGAUGACGAUCAAGAAAAAGACGCACAGUGUUUACGGUAAUUUCUUCCGGGAUGAUAUUCCUGCUCCCAAGGGACCCACCAAGAUCACAUUUGACUAG